AUGUGUACAUUCCAGGAGACGAGAAAAGUUAAAGCCGGACGUGAUAGGAGUAAGUUGAACAAGACGAACAGACAUAGUUGCAAAAUGCAUACAGGAGACCAGGUUUUCUUGGAAGGGGUAGGCAUUAUUGUGAAAAGAAGAGUUGUUCCACUAAUUGUAAGCUGUGAAAUCAGAUCGCCGCGAGUCGCAAUAUUACUUCUGAAAGUUGGACGGAAACGAACUAAUGAAGAUUAUACAGAUAUCACUUUUCUCAACAUCAAUAGGCUUCGCAUCAUGAAUACAUUCUUCAUGAAGCCUGAAAAGAGAUUAUGGACUUGGAAAAGUCCGAACGGAACAGUAAAAAAGCAGAUUGAUUAUGUGUUUUCCAACGUUCAACGAAUUUUUCAAGAUGUUAGCGUAAUCGGUGAGAACAUCAUUGCCACGAACAGCGACCACAGAAUGAUUCGGAGUACCAUCAUAAUAGACAAUGCACUGGAAUCCAGAAUACUUGCAAGAAGUCGACGAAUAGGUUCAAAAGUCAUCAGCAACCCUGAAGAAGUAGAAGAACAACUGAAGAGGGAAGAUUUGAACUAUCUAAGGCUUGUAACGAUCGACGAUGAUUAUCAGAAGCUAUUUCAAAGCAUAAAGGAGGCUGUGGAGGCGGGUAGCACGCGCGGGAGAAGGCAAAACCACCGGCUAUCGGAGCGAACUCUACAACUUCUGAGAAGGAGAGCUGCUUUGAAGGCACAAGGAAUACUGGACGAAGAAUACCAUCACAUAUGUGAGCAAGCUAGGAGAAUGAUAGUGGCAGACUAUGAUAACUACAGGACCCGAAAGUUAAGAGAAGCUGUGAAAGCGAACAAGGGGCUGAAAAAGAUAACAAAAGAAGUCCAAUUAAAGCAAAAGAUACCACUAGCCCUUAAAGAUGAAAGUGGAAGUCGAGUGUUCACUAGAAGUGGCAUGACACGAAUAUGCAAGAGCUUCUUCAACAAACUGUACAGUUCGGUUAUCCUUAUACAAGAAGAACGUUGUGCAAUUCAACCGGAAAAAUUCCAACCUGUCUUAACAGAUGAAGUAGAAGCUGCGAUUGCAAAAUUAAAGAACGGAAAAUGCCCUGGAAUAGAUGGAAUAACGGCAGAAAUGCUCAAGGCCGGCGGUACCACUUUAGCGAAAUUGCUUGCUCGAAGAUUCACA